UGAUGUCGCCAUGAACAUGGUGAUGGUGGAAGUGUUGCUACCACUUCGAUGGUGAUGGAGAUGGGAUGACACAUUCUGCCUUGGAAGCUGGUCCCAAAUCGAAGCUCCCAGUUUUAGGGUUUCGGGUUGCGAAGGUUGUUGUUGUUGUCGACGCCUUCCAAGUGUGGUCGUCCUCGUUGUAUCUGCAAUGGGGUCCAUGUUUUGGUAGUGUUAGAGCGAAGAGGGGCUGUUUUUAGCACGUGUUUGGGCGAUCGCCUUGUGGGUUUUUUGCAGUUGGUAGAAGAGCGAUAUGUUUUUCGAGGUGGAAUUGCGGCGUCUCGUGGUGGUGGAGCCGCAGGAGCUCGGCGAUGAGCUGCACACACGAAGAGCCAUGAUUCGGCGCUUGCUCAAGGAUUUUGAUGCUGAGCGUUGCUCGGAGGAGCAUGGGUUUCACGUGACCGUGACGACGCUGGAGGACGUGUCGCCGGGGAAGAUCCGGUCUGGCACGGGCUCCGUGAUCUUUUGGGUGACAUUCAAGUGCAUCGUGUUCCGCCCGAUUCGUAACGAGAUCCUUGAAGCGGAGGUCACGGAUGUUUUGGAGAGGGGAUUUUUGGCAGCCUGCGGCGCGUCACGGAUCUUCGUCCCGCGGAAGGAGAUGGAUGGGUUCGAGUUCCGUCCAGGUGCUUCCCUGGAGUACAAUGAGUGGCAUGAUUCAUCGGGAAGCGUGAUCAAACCUAAAUCAAUGGCACGACUGAAAGUGGUCGGGACGCGCUGGGAGCCCAAGGAAAGGACGAUCAUGGCAGCCGGGACCUUGAAUGGCGACCUCUUGGGCCGCGUCUUCGAAGAGGGCGAUCCUACCUUCGACAAUGGGUUCGCUAUUUGAAAGUUUUGAGGGAAGCACCCAGUGAUUCUGCUUGAAGUUGUCCAUUUUCUCGAGCAUGGGGAUGUUUGAAAGUAUUACGUAAACUUGCAUGCAAAGCAGGUUCUGUAUUACAGUGGGGUUUGGAGCAGACUGAAGGUAUGCGUGCGGAUGACAUGGGGUUUUCAUCAUUUCUCAGGAAGUUCCUUCAAGGUAGAGAGCACUUGUAUAUAAGAUCCUGCACGUCUCUAUUUUGCAACAUGCUUUGACGAGGAGAUCCGGGAUGUUUGAACUGUUAAUUGGGGUCUUCUAUCGUACUUUGACACUCAUAUCCUUUCAGUUGGGCAUUGAAGACUUGUGAAUUUGUUUUACAUGAAUAAAUUUAUUCAUGUGCAGGAAAGAGUCGAUUAGGGCGACAAAGAGAGUUUUAAAUCAUAGAAUGGAACCUUCGGAAGCAGAGUCACUCGACUUUUCACACCUGAAUGCUAUUUUUAAAACUAACCUAGGCUUUGGAUUUACUGUUGCGAAAAUCUUGCGUAGGAACUCAGACAAUUUAGCUGCUUUAAAAUCAUGCUGCUUUUCAAACCAAAUAAAUGAUCCGGAAACGCUUUUAUCGUCCU